AACGAAUAAUCAAUAGUAAAUGAUAUCUUGUGCAAUGGAUGGUGUAGCUCCUCAUGUGGUGAUCCUUCCGUUCCCAGCUGUGGGCCACAUCAAGCCGAUGCUGAUGUUAGCCGAGCAUCUGAGCCGAGCCGGCUUCACCAUCUCCUUGGUAAACAAUGAGCAGACCCACCAGCAGCUCCUUCUCCGCCGCCGCAGCCCUGGGGCUGGGAUCAAUUUUCUCUCCAUCCCCGACGGACUGCCGCCGGAUCAUCCACGAAGCGGUCUUUCUAUUCUGGAUCUAUUGAUCUCCACCAGCACCGCCUGCAAACCGAUUUUCAAAGACUUGAUCGCGUCUAUGACUCACGCGCCGACCUGUAUUAUUGCCGAUGGGAUCAUGUCGUUUGCCAUCGACGUGGCGGUGGAGCUCGGGAUUCCGGCGAUUGCUUUUAGGACUUACAGUGCUACUUCGACUUGGACUUACUUUCACCUCGAGAACCUCAUCCAAGAGGGUGAAAUUCCUGUUGUUUCAGGAACAGAAAGUGAAGAGCUGGAGAGACAAGUGUGUUGCAUUCCCGGUCUGGAGAAAAUCCUGCGACGCCGCGAUCUUCCCAGCAUAUGCAGAUUAGAACCGCACCACCAAAUUCUCCAAUUCUUCAUCAAUCAAGCCUCCAAAAUGCGCAACGCCUCCGCUCUCAUUCUCAACACCUUCGACUCCCUCGAAGCGCCAUUCAUCUCCCGCCUCCACUCCAUCUUCCCCACAGUUUACACAAUCGGCCCCCUCCGCUCUCCCGCGCAGCACGACUCUCCCACUCCGCUCCAGUUCGACAAAUCAUGCAUCCAGUGGCUCGAUUCCCAGCCGUCCAGAUCGGUCUUAUACGUCAGCUUCGGCAGCGUUGCAUCGCUGUCCCGUGACGAAUUGGUGGAGUUUUGGCACGGAUUGGUGAAUAGUGAGAUUCCUUUCCUGUGGGCCAUACGUCCUGAUUUAAUACGGGAUGAAAACGGGCCGGGUACAGUUCCUGAUGAUUUGAGAUCAGAGCGGGGCCGGAUUGUAGGCUGGGCCCCGCAGGAGGAGAUUCUGGCCCAUGAUGCGGUGGGAGGGUUUCUGACGCACUGUGGGUGGAACUCGAUUCUGGAGAGUGUUUGGGCAGGGAAGCCGAUGAUUUGUCGGCCCUUGGUGGCGGAGCAACAAGUGAAUGGGAGGUGUGUGAGUGAGGUGUGGGGGUUGGGGUUGGAUAUGAACCGCUUGUGUGAUCGGUCGGUUGUGGAGAAGGUGGCGAGGGAUUUGAUGGAGGGUGAAAAGGAGAGGAUAUCGAGAUCAACUGCUCAGAUAGCUCGUGAUGCCAGGGAUAGCAUUUCCGAGGGAGGGGCGUCAUAUAAGAAUUUGCACAAGUUGAUUUCAGAUAUCAACAUAUUGCACUCAAAAUAGAACCUUGUAUGUUUGGUUAUAAAUUUCUCCCAAAUACUACUACACAGGGUUGUGAUAUAAAACCAGGGUCAAAUAUGAUCAAUUGGGUCCAUAAAAUAAACGCCCCAAAAUCUAUCAA